AUGUCGUAUCCCACCAGAUCUUUUUCGUCGCAUCUGCGCGCACAAAGCAGUUCAACCGCCUCAGCUCCACAGUCACCAGCACUGCUGGCCCGAAUCGAAGAGAAGAAGGCAGAGCUUGAGAAUUUGAAAGAGCUCAGAGACUUGAGCGCAGCAGUAGCAACCCAGAUGGAGGCUCUGGAAGAGAAACUGUCCACCCUGUCUGAUGGAACAGAGGCGAUUGCUGCUGUGGUUGGCAACUGGCAUAACGUGCUUCGUGCCAUCAACAUGGCUUCAACAAAACUAGCAAAGACAGCAGCCGAUGCUGGCCCAGAAGAAGAAGCGUCCUCAUCGACUGGACCACUACCCCAAACUCUAGUACGAAUUCCUACGGAGCAUGCACCAGCACUGCAGGCGCAAGCAGAA